AAGAGAGCAGACGGAUGCCAGUGAGUCAGAGCGCGAGCGAGCGAGCAGAGGACGGCCCGAUAAAACAACUCCCUCAAGAAGCCUUCUUCCGACACCACACUCGGAGUUUUCCGCCUUUAUCUGUCACCUGGAAUGAAAUGCUUUUACGUGGAUGACUUGAAAGAUCAGGUCGAGAUCCAGCCUGGUGACUCCAAACAGACCCGUGUGUCCCAGCUUGAGCUGCCUGGAUCAAGGGAGCAGCUCGCAGAGAGUUCACCGCCAUGUCUUAACACCUCACACUCCCCUCUGAAAACCCUGUCCCCCCUUCCCUCUCUCUCCCCUCCCUCCCCCUCCUCCUCCUCCUCCCCUGCCCUCCCUGUAGAAGCUUCCCAGUCCUUUGGAAACCACAGUGCCUCCUCUGGAGAGAUGAGUCUGCAUCAGCCACAGCCGCAGCAGCAGGGGUCCGAGAGGGACCUUCCCUCCGCCGCCUCAUCCGUCAGUCUGCCCUCUGUACGGAAGACACCUAAAAAGCGCCGCAUCUCGCUGCGCUCUCUGUUCCGCCGACGCUGCGGCGACCCCAAAUCCCGCAAGUCACGUGCACUGGCCGCUGGAGUGGACGGCAUCGCCAGUGUGGAGAGCGUGCACUCGGAAAUGUGCCAGCAGCAGGAUCACGCCUCGGCGCUUUCUGCACCCGGUGUGGCCUCCACCUCAUCUUCAUCCUCCUCAUCCUCAGCCUCCACCUCUGAACUGCUGGAGUGCCCGCUGUGCCUGCUGCGCCACACCAGAGACCGCUUCCCUGACAUCAUGACAUGCCACCACCGCUCCUGUGCCGACUGCCUCCGACAGUAUCUGCGCAUCGAGAUCUCGGAGAGCAGGGUCAACAUCAGCUGCCCAGAGUGCUCAGAGCGCUUCAACCCCCACGACAUCCGCAUGAUACUCAACGACCGUGUGCUCAUGGAGAAAUAUGAGGAGUUCAUGCUGCGCCGCUGGCUGGUGGCCGACCCUGACUGCCGCUGGUGCCCUGCUCCAGACUGCGGGUAUGCAGUCAUUGCCUUCGGUUGUGCCAGCUGUCCAAAGAUCACGUGUGGACGAGAGGGCUGUGGGACUGAGUUCUGUUACCACUGUAAACAGCUGUGGCACCCAAAUCAGACCUGUGACGCCGCCCGACAGCAGAGAGCUCAGAGCCUCCGGCUGAGACCCUUCAGAUCAUCAUCACUCAGCUACAGCCAGGAGAGCGGCGCUGCUGCCGAUGACAUAAAGCCAUGUCCCCGCUGUGCGGCCUACAUCAUCAAGAUGAACGAUGGGAGCUGUAAUCACAUGACCUGCGCUGUGUGUGGCUGUGAGUUCUGCUGGCUGUGUAUGAAGGAGAUCUCUGACCUGCACUACUUAAGUCCUUCGGGAUGCACGUUCUGGGGUAAGAAGCCCUGGAGCAGGAAGAAGAAAAUCCUGUGGCAGUUGGGCACACUUGUGGGCGCUCCGGUUGGCAUUGCACUGAUUGCUGGCAUUGCCAUACCUGCAAUGAUCAUUGGGAUUCCUGUGUAUGUGGGCAGAAAGAUUCAUAAUCGUUAUGAGGGGAAGGACACCUCCAAGCACAAGAGGAACCUCGUCAUAGCCGGCGGGGUGACACUGUCAGUGAUCGUGUCUCCAGUGGUUGCUGCUGUCACUGUUGGGAUAGGAGUGCCCAUCAUGUUGGCGUAUGUCUACGGUGUGGUGCCCAUCUCUCUGUGCCGCAGCGGUGGUUGCGGCGUGUCUGCAGGGAAUGGUAAAGGUGUGCGCAUUGAGUUUGAUGACGAGAACGAUAUGAACGUGGGCACCGGAGCUGCUGUGACUGACACCACUUCAGUAGCAGAGACCAGGCAUAACCCCAGCAUCGGCGAGGGCAGCGUGGGGGGUCUGACGGGCAGCCUGAGUGCCAGCGGGAGCCACAUGGACCGUAUUGGAGCAAUGAGAGACAACCUGAGCGAGAACGCCAGCACUAUGGCCCUCGCUGGGGCCAGCAUCACUGGCAGCUUGUCAGGAAGUGCCAUGGUCAACUGCUUUAACAGGUUGGAGGUUCAAGCUGAUGUUCAAAAGGAGCGUUGCAGUCUGAGCGGGGAGUCCGGCACCGUCAGUCUGGGGACAAUCAGUGACAACGCUAGUACCAAAGCAAUGGCUGGAUCCAUUCUCAACGCCUACCUGCCUCUGGACAGCAGGGAAGGGAACAGUAUGGAGGUGCAGGUGGAUGUGGAGUCCAAGCGAGGGAAGCUCCGGCACCACAGCGGCAGCAGCAGUAUGGACGACGGCAGCAGCGGAGGACAUGGGGCGGGCGUUUGCCCCUCUGGCUGUCCCCACGAGGGCAAGUGCGUUACCUCUCGCUGGGCCAAGGAGCCGUCCUCCACCUCUUCCUCCUCCUCCGGCAAGAAGAGCAAAGGCAAGCUGCGCAAAAAGAGCGGCGGAACCAAGAUCAACGAGGCGCGAGAAGACAUGGACGCCCAGCUGCUGGAGCGCCGCAGCACCAACUCCAGCGAGUUAGACUCGCCCUCUCUGAGCGGCAGCCUGCCGUCUGUGGCCGACUCACACUCCAGCCACUUCUCAGAGUUCAGCUGCUCCGACCUGGACGCCUGCAGACCGCCCUGCUACGAGUCUCACGUCCGUCAUCCCAACACGGGCGGAGCGGUCAGCCCGCUUCCAGAGGUCGAGAACGACCGGCUGGAGAACUGUCCCGCUUCUGGGACCCUCCCGCAAGCUGGGGUCGCCCCUCUAACCCCUGACGGGGUGGCAGAGCGCCCGCUAUGCUACAUUGCAGAGGAGAAUGUGAGUUUAAUAUGUGCGGCUGAUGCGGGCCAGAGCUCGUCUAAAGAACGCAAUAACAACCUUCCUCAGCCGACUAGCCCUGUGCGUAGCGCCUGCAUUCAGACAGAGAUAUAAGCAGACACACGCUAGCUUUCACAGCUAACCUUUAUUACCAAGGAUUGCACACUGAAUUGAAGAUUUUAAAGCUCGUUUCAUGGAGGUUUAACGUCCCGGUUGGUGUUUUUUUUUUUUUGAAUGUUGGAGAAGGAAGGUCAGGAUGCGCCUCAAGGUUUCAGAAAGCUCGCUGUGACCAAAGGUUACCGUUUGACCGACAGUCGGUCAGCGCUUAGGGUUGGACCGAAGCUCGGAUAAGAUUCAGAAAGGCAACAGAUGAAUGUAAGAGGGCAAGUGAUGCACAGAGACUGAUGAUGUAGCCGUCAAUCACUCAUGGCUCUGUUUCAGUGUUCAGUGUCGCUGGGGUGAAGAACCUCACCAGUGUGGAGUGAGACGUGUCCAGCUCGUUUUCACCCCAAAAUUAAAAGGAAAGAAGAGAAAUAUCAUUCCUGCAUACUGGAAAUGAAGCCUCUGUUUUGGACGAGUGUGAUUUGUGACAUUUUCAUGUUAAUUAAAGCUACAGUUCACCCAAAAAUGAAGAUUGUCAUCAUUCACCCUCAUGCUGUUUCAAACCUGUAUUUCUUUCUUCUGUGGAAAGAAGAUUUUGAUUUUGAAGAUAUAUUUUGAAAAUACAAUUGAAGUCACAGGGAACCAAAACGGUUUGGUUACCAACAUUCUUCAGAAGAUCUCGAAUAGGUUUGAAGCAACAUGAGGAUGAGUAAAUGACGACUGAAGUUUCAUUUUUGGAUGGACUAUUGCUUUAAGCACAUUUUAUCCCUCUUUCUCUUUACUGUAGUAUAGUUUUUAUAAUUCCUGAUUAUUCUUACUAGGUUCUUAAUACUAUAAAACAGUAUUUUGUUUCUGUAUUACUGUGUAAAAAAAAGGCAGUACAAAUGCUACCAUUAUUUAAAUGGAUAUAAUUUUUGCAUUACAGUAAUAAGACUUUAAUUUUCAUGAAAAUGUCACAAACCUUAUCGUUUCUACAAGUAGGCUUCAUUUUCUUUGAAUGUAAUUUCUUACGCCAUAAUUUUGGGCUGAAAUAAGACCAUGAUGUGUUUUUGACAUACCAUGUGACUGACCCGUGUAUUCAGGAGCACCUUCACUACACAUGUACACACAUAUACUCUCAGUUAGGCCGCGUAUAGCUUUAGUUGGAGGAGUCUGCGACUGUUCAGAGGCAACGAGGAAGUCUGGAGGGGUCCGAUGCCCUAAUCCAGAUGUUCAUACAAGAUGAGCUCACGAGGGACCAGGCAAUAGUAGACUUCCCUUUCACAGCUGUGAUUCUUGUACAUGAAUGUGUUUUUAGUUUCUUGGGCUUCUUUUCAUUUCUCUGUGUGCGUUUUCCAUUUUUGGGGAAAGUAGAUGUGUAGAGGGGAAGAGCUGGAUGUGUUGCGCUCCCUGCUGGUAGGACGGGGAACUUGACCAAACACUUUCAUGAGAGGAAGCCUGUUUAAAAAAAAAAAGUCGUAGUCCUUGCAAUGCCAAGUCCAUAAUUGGCUAUUAUGGAUGCAAUGGGUUUAUAUUUAUGAAUCAGAAAGAUCUGCAUCCUGUUUAAAACAAAACUAUUUCAUUGUAAAGGCUAUGAUGGUAAUCACAUUCAGGUUGAUUCAACUGAUUAAGUGAUUUUAGUUUAUUUUUUUUGUAUCUGUAUUGACUCAUGGUGCCUUUUGGAUCAUAGAUGAACUACAUUCGUUUCCCGGUUUGUGUCUUAUGAGUUCAAAUGUAUUGGACGAGGCUGCGUUGAAUGUUAGCGAGGCGGCGUAGCAUCGUUUCCUAGCGUCCCUGGGACUACACAACCGACCGCCUACCAAAGACCGCACUCAGGCUCACAGACGACGACUCCUGCACACUUCAACACACUCGCAGUUUACAGACGCCUCCUCGGACUCGUGUGUAUGCACUGUUCAUCAGCUUCAUUUCUGUUGCUCUCUCGGGGCUGAUCCAAUGCCACAAGCUGCUUUGUUUUUGUUCCUUCCGAUUCUUUAGUGUGUGUUUUUUUUUUUUUCUCUUACGUUUUGAGCCUGCCCAUAUCUGUACGAAUAUUAUUUCAGAGGCAAGGGCCGAUUGAUUUCUAACUUGUUCAAAACAGCUUGUUAUUUGUAUAUUUGCUUAAUAAUAUGCGUGUAAAUGCAUAUCGAAAUGAAAAUAAAAACACGAAUC